AGUAGUCUAAUGGAAGCAAUCCCACUAUUCUCUUGGUCCAUGCGCGGGAACUGCGUAACCUCAACUUGCAGCUGUAUCUUUGACUAAUAAUCGUAUUAAUAAAAAUAACAAAUAUUACCAAUUGACAAUGGAAUUGCUAGAAGAUCCAUCGUUUAAGCUCAAAUAUCAGAAAUCAAAGUUAAAAGUUAAACUUUGGGAAAGUGAAUUUAGGAAAAAACACGGACGAAAUCCUUCGAAGGUGGAUAUUCGUGCAGCAUCUCAGAAAGUGAGAGAGGCAUACAAGUCCUACUACAAGCUAAAAACAUUAGCACUUCAAGAUUCCCUUAUGGACAUUACUUUCUCAGAUGAUAGCGAAAAUAAUACAUCUUUAGAUGUAUCAGAAAUUAAACAUACUGUUGCAUCUGUAGAAUCCGACAAACUCGUGGAUCAAAGUGACCAUAGUAGACUGCAUAGGAUUGCAUUAGCAGAUAUUCAGAAUGGCAGUGAUGUUGACACUAUUGCAUGUGGCAACGAAAAGAAUGCUCCAGCUGUGCAAGAAUGUAUCAAAGAUGGGCUACAUGAUCAAAGAGCUGGUGAUCUGAAAGAUGUUUGGGGUGCACAUUUAAAUUUAAAAUCAGAUAAGGCCUCAGAUCUUGGAACGAAGACACUUAAUCAACGCUCUAGCUCUUUUCACUUCUCUGAGAAACUGUUUGUAGGCUCAAAAUUUAGCAAAAAAAAUCCAAGGAAAUCACGUUCAUUUUCACGACCUAGCAAAUCAGUUGAAAAUGAUGGUUUUCCAGUUCCUGUGCUUUGUGAGGACAAGAAUAUGUCUUCAGAGCUUCUAUCAUGUGGCACUCAACAAAAUAUUAAGUUACAGUUUUCUCUCGAGGGGCUGAUAGAAGAGAAGUUCAAAGUUGUCACUAACUCCAGUCCCAUUACAAAUCAAUCUGUCAGUGCAAUCCAUAGAGCUGUAUUGACUGCUGAGUCACAUGAGCAGAAGUUAAUUCCAUCAAGGACAGUUGACAAAGGUUGGCUCCAGAGAUGUACCAAUUCUAAUAGUUUGGAAUAUCAAGUAACACCAGUGAAUGAUUCAGGUAUUGAGUCAAUGGAAUCAAGCACAGUUACUGAUCAGUGUUCCAGUACAGAAGGUACACCAAGACUGCCGCAGUCUGUCUCUGAUGCUGUGCCACGGCUGCUUUAUGUGAAGUCUGAACAGUAUUUGACUCUUCCAGAUGUUAUUCACAAUGGAAAUGGAAAGACAGUAGCUGCCUCUGAUGAUAGCGAUGAAGAUAUUAUUUGUAAUAGUGACGAAUCUGAACAUGAAGAUCACACAAGGAUGAGGAUAGCUUGUGGCAGUAAAAGAAAACGUAAUUCUUUAGAUUUAGUUCCAUCCAAACCUUUAACCAAAAAGCAAAAGACUUGUUCAAAUGAUGUACCCAAAAUAGUGGCAGCAGAUGACCCACUAUUAGAAAUACCAUCUACUGCAGACAUUGACAAAAUAGCUGAAGCUGUGUUGUCGACUGAAAAAUGUGUUGGAAAGAAAAAACAUGCUGUGUCUAACAAGUUAACUAAGAAAGAAAUACUGGAGAAAAAGAUGUCUACAGGUCAAGCCAAUGAUAAUUUUGUUCGUAUCAAUAUAAAGAAGAAGGUGUAUGUAAGAGGGAAGAAGAAUAACAACUACUCAAAGUACAAGAAAGCUGAAUGGAAGAAGAAGAAGAAAAAUAUGUCAGGCUCAGCAGUUGAUGAUGCAUUUGGUAGCAGUGGGCUGCUGAAGUGCUUUAAAUGUGGUGAUAUUGGACACUUUGCACGCAACUGCCUGAAUGCUCAAGAGGACAAGUUGUUACCACACGAUGAGGAAGGCGAGGAUGAUAGUCCAUUCCCAACCCUAGAAGAGGUUGAAGCACCCAUUUAUGGAAGCAGAAGAAAAGUUGCAGCAUCAUGUCUGACAGCAUCUCGACAAGGAAAUGAGCAGAAUACAGGAACAUAUGAUAUCAUAGACUCACUCUCAGCAAAUAUUAUAGAGCCAUUAUAUAACCUGAAAGAAGAUGGAACAUUAAUUGAUACUCCGCCCGAAGUAUACGAGGCAUUGGAACAGUUCGGUCAUGAUGGUUUCCGACCAGGUCAGGAGGAAGCUGUGAUGCGCAUCCUCUCGGGGCUAUCAACCCUUGUUACACUGUCGACUGGUGCAGGCAAGAGUCUCUGUUAUCAGCUUCCUGCUUAUAUGUUCGCUCAGAACAACAGAUGUAUAACGCUGGUUGUCUCACCCCUUGUCUCUCUCAUGGAAGAUCAGGUGACUGGAGUUGCAUCUUGUCUUCAGGCUGCUUGCUUGCACACAAAUCAAACUCCACUACAGCGUCAGAAGGUGAUCGAGUUGGCAAAGUCUGGAAGAUUAAAUGUCCUUUUGGUUUCUCCAGAGACAGUUGUAUCUGGAGAGAGGGCAUCAGGAUUUGGCAGUAUAUUAAAAGAACUUCCUGGAAUUGCUUUUGCUUGCAUUGAUGAAGCACAUUGUGUUUCGCAGUGGUCGCACAACUUUCGUCCUUCCUAUCUUGUAAUAUGCAAGGUUCUACAAGAGAAACUUGGAGUGAAGACAGUGCUAGGUCUGACAGCAACAGCCACUAAGACAACUUGUUCCAGCAUUGUGACACAUCUCAACAUUCCAGAUGGACAGCAGGGUAUAAUCAAAGAUGUGCCAUUGCCGAACAACCUGAUUUUGUCGGUAUCUCGAGAUGAAUUUAGGGACAAGGCUUUAGUUAUGCUGUUACAGGGGAAGAGGUUCAUGUCUUGUCAGUCCAUCAUCAUCUACUGCACUCGACGGGAUGAGUGCGAGCGGCUUGCCAGGCUCAUCAGAACGUGUCUCCAGGAUCAAAAAAGACCUGUGAGCAAUAGAAGAGGUCGAACAUUGUUGUGGAAUGCUGAACCUUACCAUGCUGGACUCAGUGCAGCUCGUAGAAAGCAAGUUCAGAAAGCUUUCAUGUCUGGUCAGCUUCGUAUUGUAGUGGCUACAGUGGCUUUUGGAAUGGGGAUAAAUAAGAGUGAUAUACGAGCUGUGAUCCAUUACAACAUGCCACGUAACUUUGAGAGCUACGUACAGGAGGUUGGUCGUUCUGGACGUGAUGGUCUGCCAGCACACUGUCAUCUCUUUCUUGACUCUGAUGGUGGAGAUUUAAAUGAACUUCGCCGUCACAUCUAUGCUGACUCUGUCGAUCGUUACAUAAUUCGCAAACUGUUGCAACGAGUAUUUGUUCCUUGCAAAUGUCUGCGGAUUGCAGAGUUGUUUGAAGGUGUGGACUUCAGUGAGGAUAUUACACAGAAGGAGUCUCCUGUACAAAUAAGAAAUGCCACAGAGACACCCUUGAAUGCAGAGGAAGAUCACGGGAAUAAGGGUCCUGUUAGGAAUCAAAUUAAUUGCCCUGGUCAUGAGAUGGCAUUUUCAGUAGAUGAUACAGUGAAAGCAUUGGAUCUGCCGCAAGAGAAUAUAUCUACAUUGCUUUGUUAUCUGGAGCUUGAUCGCAGGAAGUGGAUCAAAGUCAUGCCCCUAGUGUAUACAAGGUGCAAAGUUAUAAGCUACAAAGGACCGAGUGCCUUAAAGGCAGCUGCCAAACUUAGUCCUCCACUAGCUAUGGCAAUUGCGCUUGAUCAGAAACGUGGAAUAUCACAUGAUGGCAGUAGCAAGAUAGAGUUCCCUGUGGUGGAUAUUGCAUCACUCAUUGGUUGGGACAGUGGUAUUGUGAAGAAGCAUCUGAAAAGCCUGGAAUGGACCAAAGUGAAUGACAAGUGGCGUCGUACAGGAAUCACGGUGGAGUUGUAUGAGUUGGGUUUCCGUGUUCUGGCACCAGGCAAUCUUUCUGCAUCAGAACUAGAUGAGGCAUUGGACACAUUAUAUGGACAUGUAAAGAAUCUGGAGAUGUGUUCAUUGCUGCAGCUGAAAACGGUGUUUGAAGUGCUCAUGAGUGUAUCGUAUGUGAAUUGCUCUGAAUGCAGAGACGAAGUUGACAUGGAUCGUAAUGAAAACUUGAAGCUAAUGAUACGAAGAUAUUUUGAACAAGAGCAGAGCAUUGUGGAAGCAGAAACAAAGGAGAUGACAUAUUUUUUGCAGGAAAUUCUGAUGAAUGAGGAACAAGUGGUUGCAGAUGUUCGCAGCCUGGUAUGUAUGUAUCGUGAUACAAGCUUUACUGGCCGGUCAGUGGCAAGAAUUUUCCAUGGAAUUCCUAGCCCGUGCUUUCCAGCUCAGGUGUGGGGUCGGUGUCGUUUUUGGCGAGCGCACCUUAACUCUGACUUCAGUCUUAUAUGUAAAGUUGCAUCGAAGGAAAUACUGCAGCUUAGGUGAAGUUUUAUGCCUGCCAGAUUUCAUUGCUUGUCAAGUGGUUAAUGGUAAUAAACAGGUGAGUUUUUAAGUUUCUUUCAUAAGAUGUUGUAUCUAGCUGUAGAACAGCUGAAAUUUGCUGCUGUAAUAUGGUGGUCCAUAUGAAAAGUGAAUAAUUCUCUGAUGAUUGAAAUAACGAAGAGAUGAACUGAUACCAAACUAGCAUGAUGUCAUAAUGUUUUACUGCAAUUUCAUGACAGAAUUGUAUAUUUGUGCAGUAUAGAUGUUAAUUAAACAAGUAGAUUAAAUUGAAUUGUUCAUAUGACAGCUUAAAAUACCAUAUUUGCCUUUAUAUAAGACAUUUCCUUUUCUCAGAGAUAAAAAUUCAUGAGCAUAUUCCUGUUUCCCUAAUUCUAAGGCUGAGCCAUAUUUUUCACCCAUUAUUUAAUGUAAUUAUGAAAUAAAUGCAUGUAAUUAAUGUUUGUUGUUUCACUGGUAUUAAUGAGUAUUUUAUAUUGAUGGUGACAUAAGCAUUUGUCAUAGUAAAAGGUUUUUGUUUGUUUUCUAUUAUUUUUAUAAUCAGACAGCCAGAAGUUCAAGUUGUGAAUUUAGAAUCUUAUCUUAUGUUAAGGUAAAUAUAUAUAUGUGACUCAGUAGUGAAAACAAAAAAUAAAGACGCUGUUUAACCGUAUGCCAGUUUUGUUAUGUGGAUCAUUUCCACUGUCAAAAGCUGCAGUACAGUUCAGUGAAAGAUGAAUGCACAGCCAUGUUUUGGAACCACAGGACUAAGUGUUCAUUAUACUGACGACAUGAAAUACAGAAUUUCUCAAGGGGAAAAAUGUGAAGGCUGUUAUGUUUGUGAGAUGAACUAUGGUGAUCUGUAAGAAUAUUACAAAACUUUUAACUAAUCAAAUUCUUCACUGAUUGUAUCUAAACAUGGGUAGGAUUUUUAUACAGCAUGAAUUUGUAUUCAGUUUUUUUACGUAUUUUACAGAAUAGGAAAUUUGUGAAAAGAAAUUGAACAAAGUUGAUGGCUUAUAUUAGCUUAAUCUAGUGUGUUAAGAUGACUUUUAUGGGAUUUUUAUAAAGGAAAUGGAGUUCGUUGUGUGUUGAACAAAGUGGGAUUUUUUAUGAUACUCCUUCAAUUGCAUUGGAUGGAAAAUAAAUGGAAGAUGUUUCAUAUUGA